AUGUCCCUUCGUCAAAAGUGCGAUCGCUCGUUUCCUGUCUGCAUGACCUGCCAGAGGCUCAACAAGCUCUGCCACUAUCCACUUCCACCACCCGAAUCUGGGAAUGUUGCCACGCCAUUUUCCCAGGAAGUAGGAAACGGUAGUGCUGUCUACCAGCCUGUCCUUGACCAAGAAGCCUUCCCUGAGUUACUCAGUAGCUACGUCUCCGAUGAUGUUGAUCAAUCUGUUGAGCAAGAACUAGGUUUAGGACCUGAGUCUCGAUCUCAACCUGGUUCAACCCCUGUCUUUACAGGUGAUCUCGCCAGAGGUGAUGAGUAUUAUGAUACCCAGUCUGCUAGGCCCCGUGGCGACUUGUAA